AUGAAUUCGACCAUUUCAAUAACAUCUUCGCCAGUAUCAAUUAUUUCUAUUCCAUCCUCACCAGAAGAAAUUACCUUCACAUUUACAACAGAAACAAUUCAGCGAGUUUUCUCAUCACCAGAAUUAUUAUUACACAUAUUUUCAUUUUUACCUGUUCCAACUUUAAUAAAUAAUUGUCGUUUAGUAUCUAGAUUUUGGUAUCGUGUUGUUAACAUACCACCAAAAAUUAUUGCUUACAUCAAUUCACUUAAAAAAGCUAAAAUUUAUAUUCUUAUGGAAAGUACAAUAUGUGAUUAUAGCACUAGUGUUAGUAUUGUGGGAGCAUACGCUAAUAAAACUAGAGCAACAAAUCAAUUGAUUCGUAAUCACAUUGAUGGAGUUAUUGGUCAUGCAUAUGAAUAUAGUCCUGAUGGUUACUAUACAUGUGAUCUUAAUGAUGAUCAUAAAGUUAGAUCAACUGGAAGAAAAGAUAAAGAAGGGUUGGUUUGGGAAUUGAAGGGUGUUACAUUAGAUACAGAAGUUGAAGUUGUAGAAGAAAAGGAUUACGAGGAUGAGGAUUACGAAUAUUUGUGGGAAUAA